AUGCUGGACGGAGCAUGGACUAAUGGUCUUUCUGACCUCCAGAUUGCCAUCACUGCUGAAAACUACACACACCGCGCAAAGAAGUUAUCCCAAGUCUCUUUCAACAUCACAGAAGAGCCCAUCGUUUCGGUACUCAAGAAUCUCAAAGGCGGAUUUAAUCUACAAGAUGACCUAUCUGAAUUUAACUGCACCAAGUCUAGGAGGUAUAUUUACCCUGCGUUGGGAGGCCACAAACCCCCAGGCCUCCUGGCUGGGCUUGGCGAGACAAACAAUACCACCUUGACGUUUGAGAAUGUGGCUUUGAGCUUGACCAAGUGGAUGCGAGAUCGAGAGUUCUCUUCAUCUUCGGCAGCUCGCAGCAACGCUACGACGACCAUUGUCAUCACACACGUUCAAUGGGAGUUCCUCGGAUUUCCGGCCGCAACGGUCGCUGUGGGCAUUAUAUUUGCUGCGCUUUCUAUUUGGGAGACUCAGUAG